CCAAGAGCGUAUUGCACAGCUCAGGCUGUCCGGGAUGGGUUGUCCUCUCACCAGGUUGUCUCCUGUCGGCAGGUUUUCCAUGACGUGGCCUAUAAAGCCAAGAACCGGGCUGACCUCGUGGCUGGCAUCGACGAGUUCCUGGAUCAGGUCACGGUCUUGCCGCCAGGAGAGUGGGAUCCAUCGAUCCGAAUCGAGCCCCCAAAAAACGUCCCUUCGCAGCAAAAAAGGAAGGUGCCAGGAGCUCCUGAUGACAGUGCUUCUCACAGCAAGCCGGAGAAACACAGUGGUCCGGAGCUGGAGCGGACGGGAAGGCUCUUUGGAGGUUUGAUCCGGGAUGUGAAGCGGAAAGCCCCGUGGUUCUGGAGCGAUUUUCGGGAUGGGCUGAGGCUGCAGUGUCUGGCGUCCUUCCUCUUCCUCUACUGUGCCUGCAUGUCCCCCGUCAUCACCUUCGGGGGGCUGCUGGGGGAGGCGACCGACGGCCACAUCAGUGCCAUGGAGUCGUUGCUGGGCGCAUCCAUGACCGGAGUGGUGUAUUCCCUCUUUGCCGGCCAACCCCUCACCAUCCUCGGCAGCACCGGACCCGUCCUUGUCUUCGAGAAGAUCCUCUACAAAUUCUGCAAUGUGACGUUGUCCUUGCUCUUGUGCCGCGGGAUGCUUUAUCUCUUGUUUUGCUCCCUGCAGAAAGGAUGCGGGUACCACCUGGACCUUUUCAUCUUGGCCGUGAUGUUCGGGGUCUGCUCCGUGAUGGGGCUGCCCUGGUUUGUGGCUUCGACCAUCCUGUCCAUCACCCACGUGAACAGCCUCAAAGUAGAGUCCGAGUGCUCAGCUCCAGGAGAACAACCCAAGUUUCUGGGGAUCCGAGAGCAGAGGGUCACGGGCUUGAUGAUCUUUGUGCUCAUGGGCUGCUCCGUCUUCUUCACUUCUCUGCUAAAGUUUAUACCAAUGCCGGUGCUUUACGGCGUCUUUCUCUACAUGGGCGUGUCGUCGCUCAGAGGCAUUCAGUUCUUUGACCGCCUGAAGCUGUUCUGGAUGCCGGCGAAACACCAGCCGGAUUUCAUCUACCUGCGGCACGUCCCCUUGCGAAAGGUGCAUCUCUUCACCGUGAUCCAGCUGAUCUGCCUCGUCCUGCUCUGGGCCAUCAAGGUGUCCCGUGCCGCCAUCAUCUUCCCCAUGAUGGUUUUGGCUCUCGUUUUUGUCCGGAAAGUGUUGGAUUUCUGCUUCUCGAAGCGGGAGCUCAGCUUUCUGGAUGACCUUAUGCCAGAAAGCAAGAAGAAGAAGUUGGAUGAUGCCAAAAAUGAAGCCAAAGAAGAAGAGGAGUCCCAGAAGAUGAUGGAAGCUGCUGCUGCAAAUUCAGUUCAGCUGAAACUGGGGAAGACCAGCAACUCGGAUACCCCAAAGCAGAGCAGUGACAGGACUGAUCCUUCUGAAAUUAAUAUCUCGGAUGAAAUGUCGAAAACAACCGUAUGGAAGGCUCUCACUAUGAACACAGAAACACUCUGAAUGUGGGGAGGAAAGAGGCAUCUUGACUCUGGAGGAUAGGAGUGAGAAUGUGACUCAGGGAUGUGCCAACACAGACACCGGGAGAAACGACUUUUUUUCAGUUGGAGGAUUCCCAUUAAAGCCAUGCAGAUGUU